GAGAAACGAGCACCACACAGAGCUGUUGUGGUUUACCCUUUGGAGAGUUGCUACGGUUUCUCUCUUCCUCCUUUUGGUGGAGGUUAGAUUUAAGCUGCAGCCGAGAGUAUACAUAACGGAGCCUUCUUUAGGUUUAUCCAAGAGUCUGCAGCCAUGGGCCCAGACGCCGCACCUGAACCAAAAUCUGAAUCUGAAGACAGUUUUGGAGUUGUGGAGGUGAACGUUGACCUGGAAUCAGAUUCCAGCGACUCUUCCACUGACACUGACCCAGAGAAUUUCAAACAACCAAAAAUAAACAAAUCUAACAAGUGUUUCCCUUGCCCCACCUGUGGUAAAAUGUUUGACAGGCCAUCGAAGGUGGAGAGGCAUAAACCUAUCCACGAGAGGAAGCCAAGAAUGCUUUAUCAAUGUCAGCAUUGUCAGAAGAACUUCACUCAGGAGGAGAGGAUGAUUCGACACCAAAAUACCCACAGCAGAACCAACAAGCAUCCCUGUCCUGACUGCGGGAAAGUGUUCAACAGGCCUUCAAGGUUAGCGAGACAUCAACGCACGCACUCAAGAACGCCAAAAAUACCUCAUCAGUGUUCAUUCUGCAUGAAGACAUUCAAUAAACUCCAUAAACUUCUUCGCCAUAUAAGGGUUCACACAGGGGAGAGGCCUUAUACCUGCCCUGUCUGCGGAAAGGGAUUCUCUGAGGCAGGCCACUGCAAAGCCCACGAAAAAACGCAUGAGGAACAGCCGGAGAAACCUCACCGCUGUGCCGACUGCGGAAUGUGUUUCUUCAAGGCCUCCUCCUUGCGACGCCACUCCCGUUCCCACACAGGGGAGAAACCUUUUAAAUGCACUCUGUGCGAAAGCAGCUACUCCCGCUCAGAGGGACUCAAAAGACACAUGAAGAAGCACACAGGAGAAAGACCCCACAAGUGCAUUGUCUGCAGCAAAAGAUUUUAUUCCCGUCAGGAACUGAUCCUUCAUGGACUUACUCACUCAGGAGAGAAGCCCCAUCUGUGCCCUGUGUGUGGUAAAGGCUUCUCCCAGCUCGGCAACAUGAAGGAGCACGAGCAGAACGUCCACAUUAAGUCUGAGAAAUAUAUUUGCAACGAGUGCGGCGCAACAUUCAACAGGUACAAUUCGAUGACGAAGCAUCAGCGCGUGCACACAGGAGAAAAACCUUACAUGUGCCUUACAUGUGGCAUCAGGUUCUCCUGGAGCCAUUCCCUCAGCAGGCACAGAAGGAGUCACGCUCACAAACAGGCGGCGUCAGAACCUUCAGAAGAUUUGGAAAGUUUGGCAGGACCUUCUGGAAACCCAGAAAGUUGUGAACCUAAUUAGAUUUCCUUGAGAGACAAUCAAGUAGCUCUGUGGCUUGUAGUUUUUGCGCUUAUAUGGACCAUUGACUUAAUGUUCACAUGUACCAUUCAGCUUUAGAGUGAACCAUCUUUCUCUGCUUUGUUCCAUUAAUUGACAUUUCAAGUGUAUUUAUGUGAGCCCAAAUACAACUGACUGUUUUCUUUGUUGCAACCAAAUCAUGUUUUUAAUAUUCACGAAUAAAAAUGCAGUUUUAUGCAUUAUGUAGUCAAUGUUGGAAGGUGCUCACUCAUAUGUGCUUUAUUUCUUUACACUUAUUUUGUAAGUCUGUAGUAAGUCUAUACAGUAUUCAGUUACAUAAAAACAUGUUGGCAAGGUGUGAAUAACUGUUUGAGUUAUGAAAAUAGUACAUUGAAAUAUUGACAGCUUAGAUUUUUUAAAUCUUGAAGUAUACUCUACAGUUUAUACAUUGCAUUAAAAAGUAUUCAUAUUUAAAUUUUUUUUCUUUCACAUUUACUCACAUUGCAACUAUGAACGUCAGGAUAUUUCACUGUAAUUUUACAAUAAUCCAACGCAAUGUUGCACAAAAUUGUGAAAUACUUCACCUAUUGUGUUACAAUGGCAAACCUCUACCAGGCUGUUUAGUUUUAUGGUGGUUUAACAGAAGUGCACAACAUGGAAAUAAAAUAUUCAAUCAAUCAGUCAAU